AUGGCUGAUGAUGACGAACUCUUCAUCAUUACUCACACAGUUGAAGAUAAUAAUCCAACAAAUUUAGUAGAUCCAGCCUUACAAUUGCCCCAUCAUAUUCUCCAUUACAUAUUUUCCUAUCUUAGUUUUCAUGACCUGCUUCAUGUACGCCUUGUUAACAAAAAUUGGUAUCUUAACACACCAUCACACUUCAAUUUCCACUUUAAUGAAUCUCUUUUCCGUAAAAGAGAUCCAACUUCUUACUCACUUACCGACUUCUGGGAUUCAAUCCGUUCUUCUAUCGACUCUUCUAAAAAGAAGUUAAUCAAUGUUGAGAAAAGAGUAUUGCACGUUGAGUUUAUCAAUGGCGAAUACACCCGCGAUAUAAUGAAAUUGUUGGAGGAAAACAAUUUCCAUGAGGUUUAUUUGAAAAUGUUUUACGACCAUUUGCCCUAUAUUUUUCAGUCUAAAUGUCUUACUAUUCUACAUUUAACUAACUGUGUAAUUGAUGACCAAGAUGUGUUAUGUGAUGAAGUAACAAUUCCCUCUUUGCAAGAGUUGAAAUUGGAAGACGUUACUUUAUCUGAAGAAAUACUAUCUAAGUUUAUUAGUAAGUUCCCUAAUAUUAGAGAAUUGAGUUUUGUCAAACGUUGGGGGAUAAGCUUUAUAGUAUUAACUAACUUACCUUGUUUGGAGAAGUUUUAUGUGAACAUUAGUGAUUCAUCUUCUUUUACAAACAUACAAGUUAUUGCUCCGAGGUUACAAGUCUUCCAUUUCAUUUUACGGAAUCGGGAUCUUGAAAUCGAAGACGUUGUUGUUACCAUGGAUAUUCGUGCUUGCAAAAUGUUGCGGGAAUUUCAUUUAAAUUGUUCAAAAUUUCCUAAUGGUCUUGAUCCUGAAAAUUUCUGUUCAGAUUUUCCUCAUCUUGAAACUUUGUUACUUGGCCCUUGUCAAACAGAGAAGCCUAUCAAAACUUCGGGUUCAUCACUCAGAAAAUGGAUCUUAUCCAUCCCACAGGUAUAUGAAUGGACAAGAAAAAGUGUAGUUUCAUCUCCAAAUUUGUCUUGUUUCAAUUAUAAGGGUACAACAUUUCAACCAUAUUUAGCUCCUUCAAAACUUUUAGAGACCAACUAUAAUAUUGUAUUGGUUCCUAAAAUUAAUAAGAUCAUGAAAAGAGCUUGGUUCCUCAAAUUGAGAAGUCAUCUUGAGAAUUUUAGCAACCACAAUACAACAUUGGAGAUACGCAUUAAGGAAAGUGCAUGUCAUCCCAGUAGCAAGCCAAGUGGACGAGCUCCAACACAGCCGCUACAUUAUAUCAAACACAUAUUGGUAGACAUGAACAAACUCGAAUAUCAAGAGGAACAUUUGAUGAGAUAUAUUAUUGAUAACUUACUUUGGAUGUCUCAUCCAAACACAUUGACUCUAUCAAUACCCACUAGUUUUUGUCCAACUGCACUUGGAGUAAUGAAGAAGUUGUAUGGUAGAAGGAAUCGCAAUUGUUGCUCAGGUACUCAUGACAAGUGUUGGCGCCAUUUCUUAAAACAUUUUGAGGUUAUAGAAGAAGAAGAACAUCCCGAUGCACCAAGUUCUCUCUCUGCCCAUCCAAGGAAGGUUAAACAAGAUAGUGAUGAAAAGGUGGACAAGUUGACAAAGUUCAUUUUCAUAUUUUUUUGGAAAUUCAAUAGUUAG